GGACUAUAAUAUUGUGAAAGCAGUUGACUUCAACACAUCACAACAAUGGCAUUCCGAAAAUUUGUAUUUGUAUUGUUCUUGGGUGCUGUCUAUGGGACCGCUGAAGAUGACUUUGUGAAAUCUCUACCACAAUGCAGCGUGCAAGACAACCCCUGCCUGGAACAGGUUAUGAUAAGGAAGCUUAACAACCCCGGUUUGCCUACUUACGGCGUACUACCAUUUGACCCCAUGUAUUUGAAUGGCAUUUCCGUUAAUUUACCGAAUUUGGUUAAUGUUACCAUUGACAACGCCGUCUUAACGGGAGUCACGACUUGUGUUUUCGAAAGCUUCGCAAUCGAUUCAACGGCGGGAACGGUGAAAGAAGAAGUGCGCUGCAACCUGACGCUGAAAGGUGGCUACACGGCCGACGCGCCCAACUCCGUAUUAGCAGCUGACUUCCAGACUGACCAGGACUUGCACGGCCAAGGGACUGGACAGAUUAGUGUUGUAAACCUAGACAUGAAGAUUGAAGUGCCGCUUCACUUCGAAAAGCGCAGGAACGAAACAUUCAUCAUCUGCUCGUACGAUGAAGGAAAAUGUGACUUUGAAUACCAGGGCUCGGUUGUGUUCGCUGCUGACAAUCUUAACGUUGGUGACCAAAAUAUAGCUUCCGAUGUCGUCAGUUACUUAAAUGAAAACUGGCAACAAUCAUCUUUCGGCCAAGCAUUUGUAAACGAGUAUCUGAAGCUCUAUUACGCUUACACCAAGAGAUUCUUUGAGGGUGUUCCCACGAGGUUAUACAUCACCGACGACUUGACUCCCUACCUGCAAAACUAAUCUUGGAUUAUUAUUUAAUAAUUGCGUGCACACCUUUAUUUUCGUCAGCAUAUAGGUAUAUGUAUAAAUCAUAAUAAAUCUUGAUUGUGAUGUGGAUCAAAUUCAGGGAAUUAUUCUUUUUAGUGGUUUAAACUUAAUAUUUCUGAAAGAAAGAUUAAAAUGACAUGAUUGAAAAAUUAACGCUAAGGAUCUUUCAAGUACCUACUUAAAUUAUUUAUUGCCCGGCUUCCGACGUCGUCAGUUACUUAAAUGAAAACUGGAUGCCAUCAUCAUUUGGCCAAGCCAUUGUAAUACUUGUAAUAUAAUAUUACCGUGGCCAAGCAUUUGUAAAUGAGUAUUUGAAUCCCUACUACGGUUACACCAAGAGAUUCUUUGGGUGUGCUCAGGAAAUAUUGUUGUAUUAUAAUUAUUUCUUAAUAUUUGAAUCUAAAGUUGAACUGUUAAUAAAGAAUUGCAUGCGAGAAAA